CUCUCUCUCGCUCUCAAAUUGAGCGCCCAAAGUGGGUCGUGUCCUAAAAUGGGGUCUCGCUUUGCCUAAAUGGGGACAGUCACACGUGUCAUUGGUUUCAGACACACGCCAACGUUCAAGCGCUGACCUUGGCGGGUUGACGUGUCCUUGACCCAAUAACCCCCGCCAUGACCAUUGACACUCAAUUCCGCUCACUCAGUAAACUCGCAGCCGAGUGCCAGCGACAUAUUCAACGCCUUGACCUCGUCGAUUCAGUGACAGUACAAAAAGAACUCACGGCUCUUCUUCACAGCGAUUUACACGUCUUUGACCAAGAUAUACAAGCAAUCAAACAAUUGGCCGAUGAAGAGGAUCGUGAAGCGACAAAGCAGAAAAUAUUACAAAGACUGGCAGAAUAUGAAACCCAACUUCGACAUUUACGCGCCGUGUCAAGGCAAGCCAUUCUAAAAUCCAAACAGCAUGUACAGCAGUUGGAAAAGAGAAAUCGAGAAGAGCUGUUUGGUACGGCCUCACGGAUCAAUGGCAAGACAUUUUCGGAACAAUUCGAGUUGAAGCAGCGCUCUUCCAGCGGGCAUGAUGAAGCUGUUUUACGCGCUUCAUCCGAUGUGACCGAUGCUUUACGCCGUACCAGUGCACUUAUGCAACAAGAACUUGAAAAAAGCUCUUAUUCGACCAGUGUUUUGGCGGAUUCUUCCAAAACACUUUCCUCUACUUACCGCGAAUAUCAGAAUUUUGGAUCCCUGCUAACGAUUUCCAAACGACUCAUUGGACAACUGGAAACAUCCGACUGGUUCGAUCGUAUCACACUUCUUUUAGGAUUCCUUUUCUUUACAUCGGUGGUACUGUAUAUUAUUAAGAAAAGAACGUGGGAUGUCGGUAUUUCCUGGAUCAGCUGGUUAUCAGGGGCUCAGAAAUCGCCUUUGGCCGUAAAUUCUGUUUCAUCACUUCCUUCCUCCUCAUCCUCUCUAGUCGCUACUUCUACCGUCAUUGUACCACAACAGAUAUCGAUGAGUAAUCUUGCUACUCAAUCUAUAGCAUGGAAGGAUGAACUUUGAUGAGAAAAAGUUUUUUUUGGACCUAAUCAUGAUUGGUCAUAUUGGUGCUUGUGAACGUUUUGCCGAAUAAACUGAGAACGAAUUAUUCCCAAAAAAAUUGACUCUGAAAAUUUUGUCGGGCUUUUUUUUUUGUUUUUAUUUUCUUUGUUCAUUUCGAGGCUGCCGAUUUUUUUUUUUCUUCUU